ACAUAUGCUUUAAAUUUCCUAUGAACAAAAAAAUACAUGGACCGAAACACAACACAAAGGGAGAAAAAUGUCAUCAUCCACUUGAUUUGAGACCUGAAAUUUCAAACCAAACAAAAAUAAAUAAUUAUAUUCUAGUAGAGUUGGAAAAAUGAGCCAAACAUUAAGCACAGUUUCCAGCUUAAUUACAAGAUCAUCAACAAUUGCAUUUUCUAAGCCUAACAAAGUUCAUACACAAUGUCUUAAUGUUCGUAUGAUUUCUGUAUCUCCUCCUCAAAAUGUCUCAGUUGAUGCACCAUUAUCUCUAACUCCUACCCCACGCAGAGAUGCUAUUAUAUUGGGAGUUGCUUUGGGGGUAGCUGUUGCAGCAUUGGGGCUAAAUAUCAGUGACAAAGCAUGGGCAGCAGCAAGAAGACCACCCCCAAAAACAGAAGAUCAAGAGAAAAAGGACCCAAAUGUAAGUGGGGUCCUAGCCAAAGUUCUAGCUAGUAAAAAGAGGAAGGAAGCCAUGAAACAAGCCAUGGCUAAGCAAAGAGAGAGGGGAAAGAAAGUUGAGGAACCACCCUCUAAUUCAUCCCCUCCUUCCCAAGAGUCCCCACCUUCUUAAUUUUUGUAUCUAAAGUGAUUAUAUAUGUGUAAACAUACAUAAUUAAUUAUUUAACUAUAUACUCUAAUUUCAAUAAUCUUUCAUUUAUUCUUUCUA